GGCCUGUGAAGAGGCGUGAGUGAAAGAGAUCAAGCUCCUGUCAGUUGAGGACUUUAAGUUUUAUUCCAACAUCGUGACAUUGGUUGGAGGUUUUACAAGAGAUUACAGAAUGUCCUUAAAACCACGGGUAGUGGAUUUUGACGAGACAUGGAACAAGCUUCUGACGACAAUCAAAGCAGUAGUGAUGCUCGACUAUGUUGAAAGAGCAACCUGGAACGACAGAUUUUCGGACAUUUACGCACUUUGCGUUGCUUAUCCAGAACCUUUGGGCGAGAGACUGUAUACUGAGACGAAAGUAUUUCUCGAGAAUCAUGUUCGUCAGUUGUACAAGAAAGUGCUUGAGUCAGAGGAGAAGCUUCUAGUGAUGUACCACAGAUACUGGGAGGAGUACAGCAAGGGGGCCGACUACAUGGACUGCCUAUACAGAUAUCUCAACACUCAGUUUAUCAAGAAGAACAAGCUGACUGAAGCAGACCUGCAGUAUGGCUACGGAGGGGUAGACAUGAACGAACCACUCAUGGAGAUCGGAGAGCUGGCUCUGGAUAUGUGGAGGAAGCUGAUGAUUGAGCCGCUGCAGGCUGUUCUCAUCCGGAUGCUGCUGAACGAGAUCAAAAACGACCGGUGUGGUGAGGACCCCAACCAGAAAGUGAUUCAUGGGGUUAUCAACUCCUUUGUUCAUGUUGAACAGUACAAGAAGAAAUUUCCACUAAAGUUUUACCAGGAAAUCUUUGAAGGGCCUUUCUUGACGAAGACUGGAGAGUACUAUAAACAGGAGGCCUCCAAUCUCCUACAGGAGUCCACCUGCUCACAGUACAUGGAGAAGGUCCUGGGGCGGUUGAAGGACGAGGAGGUGCGGUGUCGGAAGUACCUGCACCCGAGCUCCUACGGCAAGGUCAUCCACGAAUGUCAGCAGAGGAUGGUGGCCGACCACCUGCAGUUCCUCCACGGAGAGUGCCAGAACAUCAUCCGCCAGGAGAAGAGAGAUGGUGAGGGGGCACGCUUACCCGACAUGGCCAACAUGUACACGUUGCUGAGGGCGGUGUCCAGCGGGUUACCUCACAUGAUCCAGGAGCUCCAGGUGCACAUUCACGACGAGGGCAUCAGAGCCACCAACAACCCCUCACAGGAAAACAUGCCAACGCAGUUUGUGGAGUCUGUGCUGGAGGUCCACAGCAAGUUUGUGCAGCUGAUCAACACAGUACUGAACGGAGACCAGCACUUCAUGAGCGCACUGGAUAAGGCUUUGACCUCUGUAGUGAACAACAGGGAACCAAAAUCCAUCUGCAAAGCUCCUGAACUGCUGGCUAAGUACUGUGACAACCUGCUGAAGAAGUCUGCCAAGGGCAUGACGGAGAACGAGGUGGAGGACAAGCUGACUAGCUUCAUCACAGUCUUCAAGUACAUCGACGACAAAGACGUCUUUCAAAAGUUUUAUGCGAGGAUGCUUGCGAAGAGGUUAAUACAUGGGCUGUCUUUAUCUAUGGAUUCAGAAGAGGCCAUGAUCAACAAACUCAAGCAAGCGUGUGGGUAUGAGUUCACAAGCAAACUGCACAGAAUGUACACAGACAUGAGCGUCAGUGCCGACCUCAACAACAAAUUCAACAACUUCAUCAAAACUCAGGAGACGGUGGUGGACUUGGGCAUCGGCUUUCAGAUCUACGUACUGCAGGCGGGAGCCUGGCCCCUCACGCACGCCUCCUCAUCCACGUUUGCCAUCCCUCAGGAGCUAGAGAAAAGUGUACAGAUGUUCGAGUUAUUUUACAAUCAGCACUUCAGUGGAAGAAAGUUGACCUGGCUUCAUUUCCUCUGCACAGGCGAGGUGAAGAUGAACUACCUAUCGAAGCCGUACGUGGCGAUCGUGACCACCUAUCAGAUGGCGGUGCUGCUGGCGUUCAACAACAGUGAGACGGUGAGCUACAAGGAGCUGCAGGACAGCACACAGAUGAGCGAGAAGGAGCUGCAGAAGACCAUCAAGUCCCUGCUCGACGUCAAGAUGCUCAACCACGACUCCGAGAAGGAGGACAUAGAGACAGAGUCAACGUUUUCACUAAAUAUGAGUUUCACCAGUAAACGAACAAAGUUCAAAAUCACAACGUCAAUGCAGAAAGACACACCACAGGAGCUUGAACAAACUCGGAGUGCCGUGGACGAGGACAGAAAAAUGUAUUUACAGGCUGCAAUAGUGAGAAUCAUGAAGGCAAGGAAAAUCUUGAGACACAACGCGCUUAUACAAGAGGUGAUCAACCAGUCCAAAGCCCGGUUCAACCCCAGUAUCAGCAUGAUCAAGAAGUGCAUCGAGGUCCUGAUCGACAAGCAGUAUAUCGAGCGGAGCCAGAGCUCUGCGGACGAGUACAGCUACGUGGCAUAGUGCACACCGCACCGCACCGGACAGAGGAGAAGAAGAAGAAGAAGAAGAGCAACAAAAGGCAAAAGUGGAACGAAACAAAAAUCUAAUAAAAAUAGACCAUUUAUUAUUAUCAGUUUCUUUUCCUUCCUCCUUCGGCAGCGAUUUGCCAUGGCAACGGCGACCACGACCACGACGACGACGACCCAGAGUUUUGGACGAAGCUUCUCUGGACUUGUGUUCCUCCAUCUUGGAAAAGAAAAACCCCGAAACCGAAAUGGCCAUGGGGUUGCCUGGCAACCACCAGAUGCCACCCGCCCUCCACCCUCCACCCUUCACUCCCCUACCACCCAUCACCACCCAUCACCACCUGGCUCCACUCCACUCCACUCGACCACCCAUCUUCAUUCUCCUGCCCCCUCCCCCUCCCCCAACCCCCAACCCCAAAACGCCCCUGCUGUCUCCUGCAACCCCCCCUCCACCCCCCCCCCCCUCCUCCUCCUCGUCCUACUCCUCUUUUAUGCUGUUUACAACAUCACCAGUGCCACGCCAACGUGCGUCAAUGAGAGAUGCCUAUAGCUACCGGAGUGCAAAUGCUGAUAAAGAAGAAGAAGAAAAAACAAACAAACACCAUUUCUCUGAACCAUUAACUGAACGAAGACAAAAAAAAGCGCGCAACCGAGAGAGAGAGAGAGAACGCAAAAAAGACGAGUAUAAAAAGAGACGCGUUCUGGGAUUCUUUAAAAGGUAUACAAAGCAAGACAUAAAAAAAUUACACAAGAAAACCCUUCAAGGAAGACGAAACAAAACAAAACCAUGCUUUUUUCUCACGUUUGCAGUUGUGUGUGUUUUUUUAAUGUAUCAAAGUAAGAAAAAAUAUUGUAAUAAAACCGGCAUACUGAUAACUGUAUUUACUUCAAAGUGUAAAGACAUUAAAAAAAAGAGAAAACUGAGGUGACAGAUGAUCCUGCUGCUUGUCAAUAAAUAAAAGAAACAGCCAAUGUUA